GUGAAUGACAUUGAAAUACAAUGUUUUGAUUGUCAACUGUUGUGUCAAUCAAUGCAUUGAAUGUAUUCAAUGACAGCGAGACUGUUGUUGUUGUUGUCAUCGACUCAACCGAUUGUCCACCGAUUCGGGUAUCAGUUUCGGGUGAUUCGGCAAUAUCUAUGCUAAACCACUACUAUAUAUAACCAACGAUCACCUGUGAUACUGUCGAGUCUUCUUAUUAACCGUCAGCCGCUGCCGGCGCAGUAAUGGCCACCCGAUGGUCAACAUCUCAGCUAAUCGCCGAACACAAGGAACUUCAGGCUGUAUGUUUGGCCGUAAGCGGCGAUGGCCGCUGUGCUUUGUCUUCCCGCCGGACAAUAUCGUUGAUCAACUGUAAUCAACCCGAAGUGGUCGACUUCCGUAUUAGACGCGAAACCAAAUGGGACUCAACGGCCAGCGAAUUCAAUCCGCUGGACACCAAUCUGAUGGCCAUUACCAAUGCGCAGACCGUACAGGUCUAUAAUAUUGAGGCCAACAUCAAAAACACGUCUUCAGGCAUGUUAUCGGCGAUGGACUCUAGCAAUGGCAGCGGCGGCAGCUAUACUGUUGUCAAAGAGCUACAGUUGGUAACAUUGCGCGGACACACCCGAACUGUUACCGAUCUUAACUGGUCGUACAACGACACUAAUCUAUUGGCCACGGCUUCGUACGACAAUUAUGUAUACGUUUGGGACAUUCGCGACUAUCGUAAGCCGCAGUUGUCGAUGAGUUCGGUGGCCGGCGCUACCCAGGUCAAGUGGUCAAAACUAAACGAACAUUUGUUGGCCACCAGUCACGAAGGAGACGUACGGGUUUGGGACCGGCGCAAGUGUAAUACGCCGUUGCACUAUAUUACGGCUCAUUUGUCCAAAAUUAAUGGCCUGGAUUGGAGUCCUACUAUUGCCUCACAGUUUGCCACCUGUAGUCAGGACGGUUCGGUUCGGUUUUGGGAUUUGACAACAUCUAAGAGUAAACCCGAUGCCAUUUUACCGGCCGGUCUGCCCGUAUGGAGGGCCAGGUUUACGCCAUUCGGUAACGGAAUAGUGACCGCUCUGGUACCGCAAUUGCGCCGAAGCAGCGAAUAUAACUCGCUAUGGAUGUGGUCGAUGAACUGUUUCGAUCAACCGAUGCACUCGUUUGUCGGCCAUUUGGAUGUCGUACUUGACUUUGGUUGGCAUAACAAAAAUAAUGGCAACGAAUACGAAUUGAUAACCUGGUCUAAGGACAACAGUCUGCGCAUAUGGAAAGUCGACUCCGAGCUUAUGGCUCGUCAUAAUGACGAACUGUAUAGUACUUCGUUUGACCUGAACAUCGACGAUCCCAACGACAAUCACAGUUCGACCGGUUCGGCUGACGGUUCCGACGGUUCGAGUUCGACAAACAAACGUCCGCUUAGUAUCGAUAUUAGUAGAUCACCGAAUCGUCAUCUGUUGAGAAACACCAGUGGCCUAAUGUCUCACAGUAGUAGUGAUCUGAUGACAAAACGUUCGCUAAUGUUGACAACGACAUCAUCAGCAACGAUGACAACGACGUCCAGCGGCGGAUCAACGGUUCCCAGUUUGACACAAGAAUUCUCAUUGAUUAACAUCAAUAUACCGAAUGUACAAAUCGAAGAACUGAAUGCCAGUAAAAGAGUUUGCAUUAUAACCGCUACCACAUCGAUCACAUGUCGCCUUAAGAUGACAUUCCCGUCCGGUUAUCCCAAUCACGUUACGCCUCAUUUUACAUUUCUGAACGGUUCGACCACACCGUCCGACGAUAUUAAGAAAGAGCUAUUGAAAGUCUUACACAUGACUGCCGUCUUUCAAGUGAAACGCAACCGCACGUGUCUUGAGCCGUGUCUGCGACAGUUCAUUGCAACACUCGAACGGCUUACCGGCACCUCUUCCACAUCCAUAAUGUCUGCCACCCAUUCAUCAUCAUUGUUAACCUGUCCUCCAUUGUCGCCAAGCCAUCACUACGGAAGUUAUCUGGACUCUCACGUACCGUUUCCGAGGACAUCCGGUGCCCGAUUCUGUUCGGGAGAGUUGUUAGUUUGUUUUGGACGACCACCACAUUUGGACCAAAUCAAUGCACCCAUCGAUCACACACCACGUUCAUUGAGUGAUUUGGACGCCUAUCUGUCCACUCAUUAUCGAUCGGCGGCCCCGCACAACAACAAGGAUGUGGAUGUGAUCGAGCAUUCGAUAUCAUCGUUUUAUUUCGAUGCCUCUAAACGCCACGCAAUGCGAAACAAUAAAAUUAAACGGAAUUCGUCCGGAGACUAUCGGAACAGUGCAUCGCCGCGACACCGGAGCAACAGUUGCGGACCGGUAUUCAUAUUUUCAGUGGCCGGCCUGUUGCCUAUUAGCCGAAAUUUGGCUGAAAACUAUGUAUUUCCCAUAAAUCGCGAUAUAAUAUCGAUGUGCGAAAUCAAUGCUAGAGUUGCCAACACUUUCGGACGUCGAGAUCUGUGCCAGACCUGGAAUUUAGUCAAAUUGAGUGCCGAUAUAUACAUCAAGAGUGCGAACAAUGGAAACCUGAUGGAGACUCCCUGGGCUUUGCAUCCAUUCGGCAAAAAGAUGAUACAAUCACUUAUAGAGCACUCAGUGCUCAAAUGUAAUGAUAUACAGACGGCGGCGAUGUUGGCCUCGACUUUCCAUAUGAACGAAACGAAACCAAAGUUUGUCCAAAAGACAUCACAAUCGGGAAGCGGCAAUAAUUCGUUAUCAAUAUCUUUAAGAUUACUCAAGUUAUGGAACAAUUGUUUGCAGUCAUCGCCUGGUAACUCUCCCUAUCAUACGGUUGGCUCGGCAAUAGUGACGCCCAAUACACCCGAAACCUAUGGCGACUGGAAUCUCAUUUCAGCGAUGGAGAGUCUGAAGAGGACCCGAUCGAACAGUUGGUCAGAUUUUGCCGAAAACGAAGCAUUAAUAGCUGGUCUCAUCAACAAUCGGUCCGAUAAUCUGUCCGAACAGUUAGAACUGGAAACACAUGAAACUAACAACAAGAUGUUAGAGCCGAAACUCCAGUUCCAGUUUGACUGCUAUAAACAAAUCUAUGCCGAUAUACUCUAUCGGUGGCAAUUGAUGGACAAACGGGCACUGAUAUUGAAAAGCUGUACAAACAUCAACCAGAGUCAACUGUUUCCGUCGGGUGUCGACUUUGUUACCGAAUGCCAGAACCCUGUGUGCGAAAAACAGUAUACAACUUCACGGGCGCCGUAUUGUAGUCACUGUCGACAGCCGACACUAAAGUGUGUGAUAUGUCGUAUGCCAGUGCGCGGCGCUGUCAAUCACUGUGUCCGCUGCGGUCACGGCGGACACACUGUUCAUAUGUACAACUGGUUUACUCAGUCGGAUGAAUGUCCAUCCGGUUGUGGAUGUCAUUGUCUUCAAGAAAAUAGCAAUAUUUUUGCAUAAAAAAUAUAAAUAAUAAAUUCCGUGAUAUUUGUACCGUUAGUUACGG